AAAUAAUUUGAGCCAACAGGUCUGGGAUACAGGUUUAGUCUCAUGGUAUGACAAGACUUUUACUCUUGGCUAUCAGUUUGUUUGUCGGAACAGGGUGCGAGGUACACAAGGGCAGGUACGUGACUUUGGAUGGUGAUGAGAUCCAGUACUUCAUUGAGAACGCAGAUCACCAUGCUACACUCCUUCUUAACCUCAUCAAAGAGGUUUCUCAUGACCCGUUAGUGAAUGCUACCUACAGCAAAGGAAACGGAGAUAUCAGGUUCCAUAUUCUGGGGAAUGAUCAUUUCGAAUCGACUGAAGAAGACUUCGAAGAUGAAGCUGCAAUCACCAGGGAACUCAUGGAAACUGGCUUAGGAAAGAGUUUACCAAAGUUGUCGCGUCACGUGUUCGAAGAGACUGGUGUGACUGGUAGAGAAAAUGAGGGGAUGAUGCUUCUCCACCAGAUUGCAAUGUUCAGCCACAACUUUCACGAGGGAGCCCACACACCGCCACACCGACAGAAGCGGAACGCUCUGAGUCACAUGUUCGGAGGAAAUGACGGGGAGGAGUUGAGUAACGAGGUGGAGGGAGUAUUCCCUGAGGAAAUAGUCAAGAUUUGCAACGGCGAGACACUCUAUCAACACGGCGGCUGUACUAUAGAUCUGGGUGUCGAGUCUAGUGAAAACGUUUGUGUAAAACAUGACGAGUACAAAUCCCCCAGUGACGAUUACGACUUUGGAGAGGGUUGGGCUGUGGUGCAUCAGUUUUCAGCUGACGAGAUCUCGAAGGGGUGUUACGGUUUAUGUGGUCCGUGGUGCACGUGUUGGAGCCAACUGUGUGGCGACUGCUGCUGGCAUCCCGGCUGUUACCAGCAUGACAAAUACUGUGACAAACCCACGUCCUUGUCCUGUAAACUUGGAAGAGGAGUUACUUUCGGAAGGAAGGGACUUCACACUUGCUAAUUACUUUUUAGUUAUUCUUGAGAACUAGAACUGUGGAUUGUACGCGCUUCGUACAUCGUAGUGUUUACUUUUAGCUUAUUACUCAUGAGUCAUGCCAG